GCUUACACACUUCUUCCUUCUGGACCCGGAAAUAGAAAAGGGGGGUCUGUUGUGGUUAAAGUUUUGGCGUGAAGAGUGCUGGAAGCUGAUCGUUUCGCCGCUAUUAAUUGACACUUAACACCAAAAAGAGCUCGGAAUUCUUCCAAGACGAGCUGCAGCGUUGGACUUUUAAGGAAACAUGGACUGUUCGGCGCUGGAGCUCGAUGCCAUCAAAUUCGCUAAAUGUGCUGUUAUGUAUGAUCAGAAAGGGAAGCACAAUGAGGCGGUCUUUUACUAUAAGGAGGCAGCGCAGGCCCUCAUCUACGCGGGCAUGGCUGGGUCCAAAUUGGAGAACAUUCAGGACAAGGUGAACGAAUAUCUGGAUCGAGUUCAGGCUCUUCACGCUGCAGUUCAGGCCCAGAGCAGCGACCCACUCAAGUCCAAGCACCAGCUGGACCUGGAGAGGGCCUACUUCCUGGUGACACAGGCCUUUGACGAGGACGAGAAGGGCAACAGUGACGAGGCCAUCGAACUGUACACUCAGGCCGUGGAGCUCUGCAUACAGGCAUCCAAUGAGACGUCCGAGCAGGAGCUCCAGGGGAAGCUGAAGCAGCUGGCUCACCAGGCGCUGGAUAGGGCUGAGGGUCUGAAGGAGUCCAUGUCAAAAGCCAAAGCCGCCGCGUCCACCAAAGAUAAGUCUGCCACCGGCGGGGGAGCAGCCAAGGCUGGCGGCCAGACGAGGCAGUACCUUCCCCUGGGACCGGACUUUUCCCUCCAUGACCGGCCUCAGCCCUCCAGGCCUGUCCAGUCUGGUGAGCCCCAGGGCCAGCGCUACACGGCGGAGGAGAUUGAGGUGCUCAGGACCACGUCUAAGAUCAACGGUAUUGAAUAUGUCCCCUUCAUGAGUGUGGAUCUUAAGGAGAGAUUUGCAUUCCCCAUGCCGUUCUCAGACAAAUGUGGCAAGCUGGCCCUUUCCCCGAAGCAGAAGGCAAUCUUCUCUCACUGGGUGCGACCUGAUGAGAUCUCCAACAACCCCACCAUGAUCUUCACCGUCUCCAGCUUCAGCAUAAAGCAGACCGUUGUCUCGGACUGCUCUUUCGUCGCGUCGUUGGCCAUCAGUGCCGCAUAUGAGAGACGCUACAACAAGAAACUAAUCACAAGCGUCAUCUACCCUCAGAACAGGAAGGGGGAGCCGGAAUACAACCCUUGUGGGAAGUACAUGGUCAAACUGCACAUCAACGGUGUUCCCAGGAAGGUGAUCAUUGACGAUCUCCUGCCGGUGGACCGGAGUGGUGAGCUGCUCUGCUCAUACUCCAGCAACCGCAACGAACUGUGGGUGUCGCUCAUCGAGAAGGCCUACAUGAAGGUCAUGGGGGGCUACGACUUCCCAGGCUCCAACUCGAACAUCGACCUGCACGCUCUCACUGGCUGGAUCCCUGAGCGUAUUGCCAUGCACUCUGACAAUCAGGCCUUCAAUAAGGACGAUACCUUCCGUAUGCUUUACCAGAGAUUCCACAAGGGCCACGUCCUCAUCACCACGGCAACGGGCAUGAUGUCUGAAGAGGAGGGCGAGAGAUGGGGCUUGGUACCCACCCACGCCUACGCUGUACUGGACAUCCGGGAUUACAAGGGCAUGCGGUUCCUCCAGCUGAAGAACCCGUGGAGCCACCUGAGGUGGAAAGGCCGCUUCAGCGAGCGGGACGACAAGAACUGGACCCCCGAGCUGCUGAAGUACCUCAACUUUGACCCCAAAACCGCCCAGAAGUUUGACAAUGGAGUGUUCUGGAUCACGUGGGAGGAUCUCUGCCAGUAUUAUGAUGUCAUCUACCUGAGCUGGAGCCCCAGCCUCUUCAAAGAGUCUUCCUGCAUCCACAGCAGCUGGGAUGCAAAACAGGGUCCGAUGAAGGAUGCCUACAGCCUGGCCAAUAAUCCUCAGUACAAACUGGAGGUGAACUGUCCACAGGGGGGUGCUGCGGUCUGGGUACUGCUCACCAGACACAUCACUGACAAGGAUGACUUUGCCCAAAACCGCGAGUUUAUCACCUUAGUCGUCUACAAAACCGAUGGAAGGAAAGUUUACUAUCCCAUGGACCCCCCUCCCUUCAUCGACGGGAUCCGAAUCAACAGCCCGCACUACCUGACCAAGAUAAAGCUGACCAACGCAGGCAUGCACACCUUCACGCUGGUGGUGUCCCAGUACGAGAAACAGAACACUAUCAACUACACACUGCGGGUAUAUUCUGGAUGCAAAUUCAGCUUCUCCAAGAUCCCCACACCGUUCACCCAGUCCAAGAGGGUGAACGGUCAGUGGAAAGGCAUCAGUGCAGGUGGCUGUGGGAACUACAGGGACUCCUACCAACAAAACCCCAUCUACCAGUUCAGCCUGGAGAAGUCUGGGCCCAUACUCAUCGAGCUGAGGGGCUCCAGGCAGUACAGCGUCGGGUUCGAGGUUGUGAACGUGUCAACCGUGGGUGACCCAGGUGCUGCUGGAUUCCAGAAGAGGGGCAGUGGCGAUUAUCGAUGUGGCUUCUGCUACCUGGAUCUGGAGCACGUCCCCGCUGGCAUCUACAACGUCAUCCCUACCACCUUCCUGCCCAAACAGGAAGGACCUUUCUUCCUAGACUUCAGCAGCACCUCACCGUUGAAGAUCUCCCAGCUGCAGUGAUGACUGACAGGGCCGGGCACAAGGGCUGUGUGCCCACCCCCCACCCCCCCC